AUGGCUGCCCGAAUAGGGCUCACAUUCGUGCCCAUCCUCCUGCUCGGUAACCUGCGCUCGAAGAAGCUCAUAAAGGUCGCGGACGAACACAAGAUACCCGAGCUCGUCGAGAAGCGGGAGGAGAUGCUGGGCAAAAUCCGCCGCAACACCGUGCUCUUCCACAUCCUCAUCUUCGUCCCCAUCAUCAUCUUCUGGGCCACCAUUAUCGCCAGCCUGGAGCGCACCCCACUAACGGGCAGGUGGAGGAUCAUCCUUCUAUCCCCAGAGGAAGAGGAGGACAUCGCCAAUCAGCUCGCAGGUCCGGGCUGGUACCGUGCCGUGGGCGAGAUCCUCUCCGUCGACGGCGCGCCCAGCAUCAUCCCCCCCAGCGACUGGCGCCUCAACUGGAUACGGGACACGCUGCGCCGGCUCGAGGGCGCGAUCCCCGUGCUGCAGCACGAAGACGAGCUGUGCGGCCACUGGAUCGACUGCGGCCCGGACGACAUCCCCCUCCCCCCGCCCGCGGAGUACCCCCUGCGCCCGCGUCCGCGCGGGAGCGAGUAUCUGCGCCGCCUCGCGGAGAUGACGUGCGCGCGCACGGUUUCUCCCCUACCGCACGUUAUCGCGGGCCCGCCAUACUCGCUGCUUGUUAUUGAUAAGCCGGAAUCGAGCAACGCGUUCUCGUACGGCUUCGGGCCAGACGGGGGAGGCGGGAUCGUCGUGUUCUCUGGGUUCCUCGACGAGGUGUUGUCGCGGAAUCAAGCCCCAGCGCUGCAAUCAGAACCGCAGUCGUGGCUAUCACAGUUGUUUGGGCUGGGGCCGAGGGCGCCGCCGCACCCUGUGCCGACGGAGGAGCAGACGGCGGAGCUGGCGACGCUCCUUGCGCACGAGCUUGCGCAUCUGGUGCUUUCGCACCAUAUCGAGACGCUUUCGUCGGGGUCUAUCGUGUGGCCCAGCGUGCUCUCGAUCGUGACGGACGCCGUCCGUGCAUUCCUCUUUCCGGUAACGAUGCUAUUUGGGCCGUUCAUCAACGAUGCCCUAGCCGGUGUGGGCAAGGCCAGCGCAGGCGAGUUCUCGCAGCUGUCCGAGUACUGUACCAGCCAGAAGCAAGAGAUCGAAGCGGACGUCGUCUCCGCAAGGAUACUCGCCCACGCGGGCUUCGACCCGCGCGAGGCAGCCCGCUUCUGGGAAGCCCGCCACGAAACCCCAAAGACGGCGGAGUGCUCGCCCGCCCGCGCCGAGGCCGACGCGGUCGAAGCACAGGGUCUCUCGCUCCCGCGCAGAUGGAUGGGCGAGACGCACCCCGUGCACGAGGUGCGCGUCACGAAGCUCAAGGCGGAGCUCGAGCGCUGGGAGGCGGAGCGUGUCGCCGCGCGGGCGAAGCGGGAUGCAGAGCGCGCGAAGGCGGAGGCGGCGCGGGCGAAGGAGGAAGCUGCGCAAGCGAAGGAGGCCCAACGGACCGCUGCCGCUGUAGAUGGCGGAUCUUCGGGGUAG